AUGAAGAGCCACCCUGAGGUGCUGAUCGCCGAGGCCCUGGCCGCCAACGCCGGCGCGCUCAUCACCAGCACAGACAUCCUGGGCACCAACCCCGAGGCCCUGAGCCCGCCCGCCGAUGGCCAGGGCCUGCCACUGCUUCCCGAGCCCCUGGGGACCCCCGCCCCCGGAGAGUGCCUGCUGCUGGAAGCCGAGGGCGUAUCCAAGUCCUUCUGCGGCGGGCCCGAACGGGUGAGCCUGGUGGCCGACGGCAAGCUCUUCGUGGGCGGCGGGGGCGGCGCGGGCGCAGACGGGCUGGUCAUGAACUCGGACAUCCUCGGUGCUACCGCAGAGGUCCUGAUCGAGGACUCGGACUCUGCGGGGCCGUAG